AUGACGGACCAGCAAGAGCCCUCUGACAUCUUUGGUCUCGACGAUCCAAACGGCCCGUAUUACCAAGAUGGCAAUAAUCCAAGUAAUGGGGACGCGACGCUGACCGACUCCAAUACCGGAAACCAGCAAUUCUACAGUGAACCUAAUUGGACCUUUCAAGACACUCCUCCUUAUGACACUUACGACACUAAUGCAUUUUACCAAGACGAGUGGAAUCUAGGUCAGCAGCCCGAACUGGACCAUGGCCUCACUCCGCAGCCACCGCCGCCGCAGCAGCCCGCCGCAGUGGCCCCGUCUUCCAUGACAUCCGGUCCGUCGAAUCCACUGCCGACCGUAGGCCCGGUAGUGACCACUACUACGCUACAGAUUCGACCGAACGGCGCGGGUCCGAGAGGCCUUACCGAAGAGCAGCGCCAAAAACUGCAGAAUAUUGCUAUGCCAACCCAACUUCACUAUCGUUCCCCUAAGAGCGAAGCGAGUCCUGAUUCAGCCGGCCCGAUUUACAAGUCUUCUUCCAUAUCGUCGCCCGAGGAUCAGAGCCUGUGCUCCAAGUCGAAUAGUCGCAAGCGGAAGUCGUCAGUGGAACUUGACGACGACGAUGAUGACGAUCUUGAUAGCCACCAGCCAGUGAAAAAGACGGCUCACAACAUGAUUGAGAAGAGAUACCGCACCAAUCUCAAUGAUAAGAUUGCAGCUCUGCGAGAUAGUGUACCAAGUCUACGCAUCAUGUCAAAGAGCGCGAGGGGCGAGGACACGACCGAGGACAGAGAAGAGUUGCACGGCUUAACACCUGCACACAAACUUAAUAAAGCUACGGUCCUAAGCAAGGCUACCGAGUAUAUUAGGCAUUUGGAAAAAAGGAAUAUUCGGCUCGUCGAUGAGAACUCGGCCAUGCAACAGCGAAUAGCUGCCUUCGAGAAACUCUUUAUGGCGGGUGCGAUGAACGGCGCAGUCAGUCCCUUACAGCAAACGACGCCUUCUACGCCUAUACAAUACUCGCAAGAGCCUAAUGGCUACGGUAACUCAACUAUGGGCACAUCGGGUCAGACUGACCCCCAGGGUAUGAUACAAGUACCUGAAGAUAUGAAGCGUAUAAUUGCCGCCCAGUUGGCGACGGGUCAGCCGUAUCCAGUACCGCCAAGGCCGUUUGGUGGUAACCACAAUCCCAAUUUGAUACGUCAGCAGCAAAUCCAACAGCAACAACAUCACAUUCAAGCAAGAGGCUGGCAGAAUGCUGGUCCUUACUUUGGAAAGUUGAUGGUUGGCUCCCUAGCCGGAUUGAUGCUUCUGGAGGCCGUUCGGGAGAACGAGCAAAACAACGAGACGCCAGAGGGCCGUGGUCUCUUCGCCGUGCCCAUACAUCUUCUCAGUAUACUUACAUCGUCGUUGAAUAUUAACUUUAUGGGUUAUCAUUUCCAAGGUGCGCAGGUAUUAUAUUCUAUCAGGGUUGCAUUGCUGCUCUGUAGUAUUUGGUGGGCUGUCUUCCCCUCGCUCAUGGAACGUAGGCCACCAAGUGUGCAGGGUUCCAAACAGCAGAAACAAGCUUCCCUAAAAGCAGUACCAUCUCUAGCAUCUCCUAUUCACGUGCGUCGUCAAGCAUGGCUUACAGCCAUCCAGACAGUCUGGGUCCCACGGCACAAUUUCUUCCUCGAGGCUGCCGCGCUUGGUCUCAAGACAAUGAAGCUAAGCCUAAGGAAUCUCAUCGGAAUCCAUGGUUAUCAGAUGCUAACAGGUCUUACGGAGGACGAAGAGCUUGCCCGUGUCAAGGCAUGGGCAAUCGCCCUAGAUGCUCAACUAGCCGGAGGAGAUGUCGAGAUCAGCAAGAGCCGAUUGACUCUAACCUUGCUCGCUUCGGGAACUCUCCCCACCACACCACUUCGAUUGAUGCUUAAGGCGCUCCACAUUCGAGUUCUGUUGUGGGAGGUUGGUCUCUCUGGUAUCCAGCUUGGUAUCUUUAACACAUUUGCAUCUAAAUUGGCUCGAGCAAAAUGGAAUGAGGCAAAACAAUUACACAGACUCCUCACGCAGCUUCGCCGUGGCGGCCAGGAACAAUCUGAUGACGAGCUACCUGAUCACCUAGCUGCCUUGCUUGAGCAAGAUUGUGAUAUGGUCCUGAAUCCAAAUAUCGUUCAAAGGGCACAUAAUCUCGCCUGGAACCGCCCAACCGACUACAACGCUAUUGGAAUCAUUGACGGUAUGGAUACCGUAGUAGACGACUUAGCAGUCCGCUCGCCAAUGGAUGCUGUUGCAGCCUGGUGGUCAAACAUGACGCUACAAGGUGCACUUACGAAUAGUCUUCUAGCGCAAGAGGAUGAUGCGGACACAGUCCAGCAAGUCGAAGAUGACGUGUCGCUAGCCAUUAGAACCGCCCCGAUUGGAUCCAUCGCCCAAAAUCGUGCCUUAGUUACACGUGCGCUACUCUUUGAGGAGAAACGAAACAUCAACAUCAUGGCUGCAUUGCAAGCUAUUGGGCCUGUAACCCCAAUACUCUCAUCGAGUAGUCCAUUAGGCAGCCCUACCCGUACUGCGCCAUCAUCUCCCGCUCCUAUUAAGGUUCUCCCGCCUUCGCUAGUCAUGACCACUGAGAUGCGCACUGCUCUCCUAUGUGCCAUGGCCAUCGCCCAUCUUCAAAAAUUCUCUCCCCCUGAAGAGCCUGUGGAUAUCUAUGGUGUAAUCGAUCAAAUCCACCCUAUCAGUGAAAUGGGAUUGCUCGGUUACACCGCUACUUUCAAAUUAAUGGACCGACUUGCCAGUCAUGAAUUUGCUGCAGAAGCUUGCGCUGAUACGCUAGAGCGUCUUUCGGGCACACUGCGGAUAUGGACUGGGAAAGACUGUGGACUUGAGCCAGAAGUUCGGCGCCAGAUGAUUGAACGAUGUUUGACCGUAACCCGUGGUGUUGUUGGGAUGGGCAUCGAUACCGACACCGGCUAUGGCAGCAUGAGCGAAAGUGAGGACGACCAUAACGUAUCAGCCGAUUUCUCAACCGACUUCUCAACCGACACUGAUGUCGUAGCCAAGCAAAAGCCCGCCGCUAUCGACUUGGACGUUGCGUAG